CUUCCAAGCAGAGGUCCAAUUUUCUUUGUCGUUCCCUUGCUUUCCAUCCAAAAGCAUUUGGCCUCUUAUUCACGUUUUCUCUUGUCUUGAAGGAGACGUGAGUUCUGCCAAGUCUCUUCUUUCCCUUUCUCUAGCACUCAUAAGCAUUUCCCUUUAUUUUGCUUCUAUUCAUUGUUUUGACAAAACUUUUUCCACCAUUAAUUUUACUUCCUUAUAAUGUGCAAUAUUCAAGUCUCUUCUGCUUACUCCUAUGUUAUUUAGUCCUCAGAGCUGUUAAACUGUCAAUAGCAUCUUUCUCUUGUCAGAAAAUGAAAACGCACUAGAUAGAGAGACAGAAAACCAUGAUUCCUAGAUAAUUGAUGAGUUAGUAUAUACUAUAUAGUGUGUGUGUGUGUGUCCAUGGCCGCUGUUGGCAACCCCAGAACGUGGAUUCCAUAUAUGAACAGCAAAGACUGUUCUCAAGGGUUUUGCAGCUUGUACUGUCCACAGUGGUGUUACAUAGUGUAUCCACCUCCACCACCCUUUGAGUACCCUGAUGAUGAUUCAAGCCCAAAUUUCUCCCCUCUUGUCAUUGCAAUCAUUGGUAUUUUGGCCACUGCUUUUCUUCUGGUCAGUUACUACACUCUCAUAUCCAAGUACUGUGGCCCCAGAGAAUCUUCACGGAGAGACCCAAAUGACGACUUUCAAGCCACUCACAAUCCCCCUCUCCACGAACCAUGGAACGCUUCAACCGCUGGUCUUGACGAGGCUCUAAUCAAAUCAAUUGCAGUUUUCAAGUACAAGAAAGGGGAUGCAGGUUCUGUUGAAGUCACCAAUUGUUCGGUUUGUCUCAGCGAGUUUGAAGACGACGAAAGUGUUAGACUUUUGCCAAAGUGCAGCCACGUUUUCCAUGUCCCUUGCAUCGACCCUUGGCUCAAGUCUCACUCCAGCUGCCCCUUGUGUCGUGCUGCCAUAUUCACUUUCAACGCUUCUGUUCCUCGGGCUCACACCCCAGAAGAAGAAGGCGUCCCUUCUUCAAGGAAUGAAACUUCUUCUGAGAAUGAAAGUGUUGGAGUGGUGGUGAUGUUGGAAGAAGAAAACAUACACCAUUCUAGGGCUUAUCCAAAGCCUGCAUUGCGUGCUUUCAGUGACUUGAGUAGCUUUCAGGGCAGGCACAGAGUGGUUGAGAUAAGAGAUGAAGUUUGUGAAUCCCUUGGUAGGUCAGUGUCCAUGGACCAUUCGUUUCCAAGUGGAGUUUCUGUUGCUGAUGUUCUGCGAAUGCAUGAAGAGGAAGAUUCCCAAAUGGAAGGGUGUUGUUCUUCUAGUGAAGCUGGUCCAUCAAAGAGAUCACGCGGAGAGAGGUACAAAACAAGGGUGUUGCAUUGUGUUUUGAGUCCAAUUUCAAUGAAGAGAUCGUUUUCCAGUGACAGAUUCUCAGUUGGUAAAAGUAGCAGAGCAAGACAGGGAACUAUACCCAUCUGAGAAUUUCCUUUCUGUAAGAUCAUAUUCAUCAAGUUUUUGCAUCUCAGAUGUAUUAAAAACAUCCUCUUUUUGUAUCACAUUAUCCUUCUCAUGUGCCACAUCAUGUACUCUCUUAGAACAACACCAUUGUCACAGUUAUGUCGCAACAUAAAUCUCAAAAAGGCUAA